CAUGUUUAUAAGGAAUAAAAGGACCCCAAUCCAUGUGUUCCGGUUUAGGUCUAAAAAUUUAUCAAUCUAACCGCUCUUGAAAUGACAAUAUUUUUGAGGAUUUUCUCAACUUUAUAAAAAAUCAUGGAAGAUCUACCAAGAAGAAAAGAAAAUAAGAAGCUGUACAAUGCGUCGACUAAAACCCUCCAGAUAGACCCGCAGGUCCGGCGUCCAGUAGAAAAUGUCAGUUCUAAGAUCCAGGGCAGCCUCAAAGGCAAGGAGGCGUCAGAAAACAGGGAGACGAGGAAGAACCGCCAGAACAGACAGGAGUGGGGGAAGUUUGAAGGCGUGUACUACAAAGAUUUACAAACGGACAGCAAAGUCCAAAAGGACUUCAUGCUGGAAAUGGCCAAGCUGCUCAACACUUACAUGGCGGACCAGUGUCAGGGUAAGGUUAAGGUGGUCGACUUCCACCACCCCCACCAGCUGCAGGAUAUGAUGGGUGACUGCCUGACCGUGGACGCUGUCCCCCGGGAUCUGCACCAGGUGCUGAGUGACUGCAAGGAGACGCUCAAGUACUGCGUCAAAACAGGACAUCCUCAUUUUCUGAACCAGCUGUCGACGGGUCUUGACCCGGUGGGCGUGGCGGGGGAGUGGCUGACAGCCGCCGUCAACACCAACAUGUUCACAUUUGAAGUGGGAUCCGUGUUUGUGCUGAUGGAGGACAUUAUAUUACGUAAGAUGCGUUCCUUCAUUGGUUGGAAGGAAGAUGGAGACGGUAUCUUUACACCCGGUGGAACGAUUUCCAAUAUAUAUGCUUUGAUGUUAGCGAGACACAGAAAGUUCCCCAACAUAAAGGAAGAAGGGAUGUACGGUGGACAGAAAAUGGUUGUCUAUACUUCCGCCCAGAGCCAUUUCUCUAUAAAGAAAGCAGCGAUCAUAUUAGGAAUUGGAAUGAACAAUGUUUGCUGUAUUCCCUGUGACGAAAGGGGUAAAAUGAAGGUUGAUGUCCUGGAGCGUGAGAUACAGCGGACUCUGUCUGAUGGUGGGGUCCCUCUGAUGGUGAAUGCUACUUGUGGGACCACUGUCCUAGCGGCCUACGAUCCUGUUGAUAAGAUAGCAGACAUAUGUCAGAAAAACGGAAUAUGGCUGCAUGUGGAUGGCGCAUGGGGAGGCUCAGCAUUGUUGUCAAAGAAAUACAAGUACCUGCUUCAAGGAGUUGAAAGAUGUGAUUCCAUGACGUGGAAUCCCCACAAAAUGAUGGGAGUGCCUCUGCAAUGUUCAGCCAUCUUGGUUCGGAAUUCGGGUGAAUUGCAGAGUGCCAAUGCGCUAUGUGCGGAUUACCUCUACCAGACGGACAAAUUCUAUGACGUCACGUACGACACUGGUGACAGAUCCAUCCAGUGCGGACGACAUAAUGACGUGUUCAAACUAUGGCUGAUGUGGAGAUCCAAAGGCGACAAUGGAUUUGAAGACUCAAUCAACAAAAUAUUUCACCUGUCUCGAUAUCUUGAAGAAAAAGUUAAGCAACGGGAACAUUUUACAUUGGUAACAAAUGAGGUUGAAGGCCCCAGCGUGAGUUUUUGGUAUGAGCCACCACAACUUAUCGGCCAAAAUCUGAGUCCAACUGAACGCAGGAAUAUCUUGAGCAAGGUCGCACCAAAGAUCAAGGAAUCGAUGACUUUAAAAGGGAACAUGAUGUUAGCAUAUCAACCACUGGGUGACUUGCCAAAUUUCUUCAGAAUUGCCAUAUCCAACCCAAGACUUAGCGAAUCCUCGCUUGACUGGGUUCUGGACGAAAUAGAACGGUUGUCAAAAGACAUCUUUUGUUGAAUAAUAAUGUCUGAAUCAAUUGUUAUACACAUGUAGAAUCUUGUUAAAAUUGUCUGUCGGAACAUUAAACAUACAAACGAUAUUACAUAUUUAGUGUAGUUUGUAAAUGUUAUACGUAUGGCAAUUAUUUCUUGCAAUUAAGUUUUUUGCUAUUAUGGUAGAACAUUACUGCUUGUAUUCAGUGCUGUGUUUUAAGAUACUCGAUUACUUAAACAAUAAAAUGAUUUCUUUGGUGAUUCAUGCCAUAGGAUACGAAGGUAGCGACAUCGUAGGGGAAAAAAAUAACGCGCGUCAAUUACGUUAGAUAAAAGAAGCAGCCAGAUCGUAUUCUAGGGGAGUUUGGUUCUGUCGUCAUCAUCAUGAUUAUUUCGUGCAUACCUUGAUUUUUCUUAGGUUGCUAAAGGUUUAGACCAAUUAAUAAACGGGGCGUGUAAAUUUCAGUCCUGCCAAUUUCUAAAGAGCAUGAAUCAAUUUCCGUAAGAAAUAGAGGAAAUCAUACUUGGUGGAUGUAAAUAAAGCAUUUUGAAAAUGAAUUUCAUAUAUUGAUUUCCCCGUGAAAUUCAUUUAAAUCAGCUGCCCAAACCACUUUAAUACAAUAAAUAAGGUAUAUACGUGACGAAGAAAAAUAUUUAGUUAUGUAUGGUGAAAAAAAGAGUUUAUUGUACAUGCAAUUUCUUUGUUUGUUAACCUACAAAAUAUGUGCCAAAUCUUUGACAACUGUAUCAGGGCUAUGUUUGUUAAAGUUUUAUAAUUAUAUUCUUUAUGUGUAAGUUUCAAUGUGCUGAAGUGUCGAUAACUAAUGACCCGCUCUCCACCAAAAAAUGAUUGGGGGAUUUUUGUUAGUUGAUAUAUUAUGUACAGGAAUGUUGAUUUACUUAUGUAUGUUUUUGUCAUUUUAUUCGUUUCUUGUCGACAAUAAAGGGAUAAACAUGUAUAAGAAAGGCAACCAUAAAUACUUGUAAUUACAUGCAAGAUCUUUAUAUUGUAACAGGAAAGAGCAUAAGUAAAGACACUUUUUCCCUGUCUUAUUUCUUUUGUUUGUUAAUUUUUAUCGUUUUCAUUAAAAAAAAUAUUGUGAUGAUUACCUUCUGAACAAAUGAAAACAUUGAAAUAAAACUUGUUUACA